GCAACAAGGACCAAAAACUGUUUUCUUGAAAGGAAAGAGCUGACUUUUUAGUAAACUAUGUGAAAUUGAAAAUUCGCAACUUUAUAAAAGGAGGAAGACGUUUUUAGCACUGGAGAACAAAAGUUGUUUGUUUUUGUUUUUUGUCGUCGGCAGGUGUCAUUUUCAGAGAAUUUACUGGUCAACGUUUGUUUGGGGAAUUUUUUUUUUGGUUCUCUGUUAAACCAGAACUUUUAAAACUACCAGAAUGUCUCUGUGUGAAUUGAAAGAAUCGAAAUUCACGUUGAAACGUGAACAAAACGGAGUCCUUUUGAAUCCUCGGGCGGUUUGUAACAUGUGUAAGGCUUUGUACCGGGAUCCUAAAAUCCUACCCUGCCUCCACACUUUCUGCUCGGACUGUAUCGCUCGGCUGGAGCCAUUCUCGGUGUCCUCUCCUGGGAGUUCCAGCCGGGACAGCACGGCAGAGAAGAAGCAGGAGACAGGAAGGGGCAGAAGUGGUAAAGACUCGGCCUCCGUCACCAUCACUGUACUGUGUCCGGACUGUGACGCCGAGGUAGACAUUCCUCCGUCAGGUCCGGCUGGACUGAGCACCGACCACCUGGCACUGGACGACGUCUUCCUGGAGACCCUCGUGACCGACGGCCCGCUGGGCUGCGACCUUUGCGGAGAAGGAGACGCCGAGAGCCGCUGUGAGGUCUGCAGUGUCAACCUGUGCGAGUUCUGCUGUCAGGCACACAGGCGUCAGAAGCGAACAGCAUCUCACUCUGUCCAAAGUCUUCAGGAACUAAAGUCCCGUGGACGCAUCUGUCGGCCCGUCCUCUGCCCUCUCCAUCCAGGUCAGGAGCUGCGGCUCUUCUGUCAACCCUGUGACAUCCCUGUCUGCCUGGAGUGCGCCGCCACACUGCACCGUGACCACCACUGUCGUCCCACCAACGAUGUUGUUGAUCAACAUGGUGACCAAAUACGAGAGCUGGUGUCUGGACAUCUACGACCCCUACUGGAGCGUCUGGAAGAGUCAGCUCAGAAGGUAGAGGAUUCACAAGAGGCCUUGAAGGCCCGAGUGGAGACCACAGCCAAUGAGGUGAGAGCGUUUGCACGAGGCUAUGCCAGCGCUGUAGAAGCUCACUGUCUGUCUCUGCUGCGGUGCCUUGACGAGAUCCACAUCCAACGCAGGAACCAGCUCCACCUGCAGAGAGCUCAGCUGAAACAGGCUCUGUUGGACGUCCGUGGAGGCGUGGAGUUUGCGGAGAGGCUGAUGAGCUGCGGCUCCGACGCUGAGAUUCUCAGCGCCAAAGGAGUGACUCUGAGGAGGUUGACCACCCUGGCCGAAAGCAGCUACAACCCGCACCCAGCGACGGCGACUCCAGAUGACGGCAGCAGUAUCUCCUUCUUGCCCAGAGAGUCGGCGGGGGAGGUAGAUGGCUACCCUGUCAUCGGAGUCAUCAACUCUAAGACUGUGGAUCUUAGCAAGUGCACUGUUGAAGGUGAAGGCCUUCACCAGGUCAGGGAGGGUCAGCAGGGCCACUUCACCCUGGUCUGUAGAGACUCAGCUGGACAGCAGAUGACAAGAGGUGGAGAACAUGUUCUGGUCAGCAUAGUCCACAAAGAGAAGAAGAACUGCACUAUAGAGACAACAGUGUUGGACAAUGACAACGGUUCCUACAGUGUUUCCUACACACCUGGAGAACCAGGAACUUACUCAGUGUGGGUGUGUGUCAAGGCUCAACACAUCAAGGGCUCGCCGUUUAGCCUCAACGUGAAGAGAAAGUUCCAACGUCACGCUGGAACCUUUCACUGCUGCUCCUUCUGCUCCAGUGGAGGAUCCAAGGAGGCUCGGUGUGGCUGCCCAGGAACUAUGCCAGGAGGAUUUAAAGGCUGCGGUCACAGCCAUAAAGGACACCCAGGGAAACCUCACUGGUCCUGCUGCGGCAGCACAGUGGAAAAGUCCGAGUGUCUGCCUCAGAGUGUGACAGCUGCUGUUUCUCCUCGGAGUCACCUCCGAACUGUGGAGCUGUGAGGUGAUGCUAAGACAUUGGUUUCACAGAACAAGAAAAAGCCCAGAGCAGUGGAAAAGCUCAGAUAAGUCAAUACGUUGGCCUUUGGAAAUGUAAAUACUUGUCAGUUUACUGCAGGACUUUUGUGGGAACAACUGCACCAGCCAUGAUAUAAUUAAUUUUCGUUUAAAAAGAUCCCUUGUAGAUCUGAAAAUUUUCUGCUCACCACUAGAGGCAGAAUUGACAAAAAGCCAUAUAGUCCUCUAUGUUUUGUUUCUUGAAAAUCACUGUGUGAUUUUUCUGGGCCUCAUUAAAUCACUUUAGCAGUUAGCUAAGGUUUAGCAAGAAAUAAACACUCAAACAUUUAAAAAGGUCUGAUAUGAUGCCUUAGGCUGUUAUUUGAAGAGAGGGAAUUUACAAUAGCGACAGCAUUUCACUAAAGUGCCAGGACUAUCUCAAAUUGAUUACUAACUUGGAUAAUAAUUUAUUUUUUAUUUCUCAUUUAUAACUAUUGAUUCAUUAGGGUUAGCAAUUAGCUGAACCACACUGCCUUUUAAAACUGAACUAUUUUAACAAUGCAGAAUAAACUGUUGACAUAAAGUCAAAUAAAGAUUAAAAACAUUUUUACAUUUCGUCUUUAAAACAAUUUUGGCUAUGUGAUACAUGUAGGGGGGCAGUCUUUUCCACUUAUCUGCGUUCCUACCUGCGUACAAACCCAAAACUCGCUUUUAUCUCUCGGUUAUAAUACUUUUAGCGUAAGACUGUAGCGUUGUUUUUUGUUUAGUUUUUUAGAAAGUCGACUGACAAAAAUAAAAAAAGUCCUAUUUUUGGGGUUCUUCACGAAAUGUAACUUCCUCUAACGC